AUGGAAACGGCGUCGUUCCCAGACCCUCCAAAUUCCCCUCCAAAUGUAUCUUUUGCACUAAGGGGACCUCACACCAACAAGUUCCUUCGAAGCAUCUCCACAAAAGAGCCACCGCUCACGGAGGCACCAUGCACUCCGCCCCACCUCACCACCUCCCUCUCCGUCAACCUCCACAGUUACUCCCACUCUCAGCCUUCAACACCCCGCCUUUCCUUCACCCUCUCCAAUAAACUCGAUGACCUCCACACAACCUACGGAUGCAUUUGUUCAGUCCUGAAAAAAGACUGCGAGAUUAUCUCCGUCGCCGCCUCCGGCGGCCUUGUCUACACUGGGACACAAGGCAACACCAUUCGUAUAUGGAAGCUGCCGGAGUUCACAGAAUGUGGGCAGCUCAAAACAAAGGCAUGCAUGGUUGUUGCAUUGGAAGUGUUAAAUGAUAUAAUAUAUGCAGCAUAUUCCGAUUGCAAGAUUAGGGUUUGGAAGAGAACUUGGGAAGGAGUUAUUAAGCAUAGAAGAAUUGCCACCAUACCCAAGACCGGAAGUUAUGUUCGGAGCUACUUCGCCGGCAAGGAUAAGAUGAUGAGGCACGUUGGACCAAUAUCAUCACUAGCAAUCAACCUAUCGGAAGACAUUUUGUACUCGGCUUCCCUUGACAAGACCGUAAAAGUUUGGCGAAUUUCCGAUUUCAAAUGCAUAGAGACAAUCCAAGCUCAUCCUGAGCCUGUCAAUGCAAUUGUUGUGGCUGACGAUGGGGUCCUGUAUACAGCAUCUGAUGAUGCCACAGUGAAAGUGUGGCGACGCAAUUUUUGUAGUGGUUCUCGACCUCAUUCACUCACAGUGACCCUACCGGCGAAAUACUCCCCAGUCAAGACUUUGGCCUUAACCCUAGAUGGUGGGGUGUUGUACGGUGGUUGUACGGAUGGUUAUGUACAUUACUGGUUAAAGGGUUGGUUCUCAGGCCAAGUGCAAUAUGGUGGUGCACUCUUAGGGCACACUCACGCCGUGAUGUGCUUAGCUAGCAUGGCAAAUUAUGUGGUGAGUGGGUCUGCUGAUUCAACCAGCCGAGUUUGGAUAAAAGAACAAGAUGGUCAACACACUUGUAUUGCUGUGCUCCAGGGGCACAUAGGACCUAUCAGGUGUGUUGCUGCAUUCCAUGGACAAGGUUCAGAGGAGAGUGCGGAGGAAGGUUGUACGAUUUGCACUGGAAGUCUUGAUGGAGUCCUUGAAGUGUGGAGAGUGAGAAUCACAAGCCAAAUUCGAGAUUCGUCCCAAUAUUCUUGCUAG